AUGUCAGAGGAACUGAGCAAGAACUUUGAGACACUUCAACUCCACGCGGGUGCUGAGAUUGAUCCCACUACUCGUUCUCGAGGUGUACCAAUCUACGCUACUACUAGCUAUGUCUUCAAUGACUCUGCCCAAGGCGCCAGACUCUUUGGUCUCAAGGAGUUUGGCAACAUUUACAGCCGCAUCAUGAACCCAACAGUCGAUGUCUUCGAGAAGAGAAUAGCCGCUCUAGAAGGAGGUGUUGCUGCCCUCGCUGCCUCCUCAGGCCAAGCAGCUCAGUUUCUCGCCAUCAGCACCCUCGCCCACGCUGGCGACAACAUUGUCUCUACUUCUAACCUCUACGGUGGCACUUACAACCAGUUCAAGGUCUUCUUCCCUCGUCUGGGCAUUAACACCAAGUUUGUCGACGGUGACAAGCCCGAGGAUAUUGCUGCUGCUAUCGACGAGAAGACCAAGGCUGUUUACGUUGAGAGCAUCGGUAACCCCAAGUACAACAUUCCUGAUCUUGAGGCUAUUUCCAAGGCUGCUCACGAGAAGGGUGUUCCUGUCAUUGUCGAUAACACCUUUGGUGCUGGAGGUUACUUCAUCCGACCCAUCGACCAUGGCGCUGAUAUUGUCGUCCACUCUGCUACCAAAUGGAUCGGCGGUCACGGUACUACCAUCGGAGGUGUGGUCGUAGACUCUGGUAAGUUCGACUGGGGUAAGCACGCCGCUCGCUUCCCUCAGUUCCACGAGCCCUCUGAGGGUUACCACGGUCUCAAGUUCUACGAGACCUUCGGCAACAUCACCUUCAUCAUCCGUGCUCGUGUCGAAAUUCUCCGUGAUCUCGGCUCGACCCUCAACCCGUUUGCUGCUCAGCAAUUGCUCCUCGGUCUCGAGACUCUCAGUCUACGUGCCGAGCGACAUGCCCAGAACGCCCUGGCUCUGGCACAGUAUCUCGAGAAGAGCCCCUAUGUCAGCUGGGUUUCCUACCCUGGUCUCGAGAGCCAUCCUUACCACGAGACGGCUAAGAGAUACCUGAAGAGGGGAUUCGGCGGUGUCCUAAGCUUUGGUGUCAAGGGCGGUGGCGCUGGUAGUGAGGUCGUUGACGGCUUCAAGCUCAUUUCUAACCUUGCCAAUGUCGGUGAUGCUAAGACAUUGGCCAUUCACCCCUGGAGUACUACCCACGAGCAGCUUUCUGACGACGAGAAGCGUAGAUCCGGUGUCACCGAGGAUCUUAUUCGAAUUUCCGUUGGUAUUGAGCACAUUGAUGAUAUCAUUGCCGACUUCGAGCAGUCAUUCAAGGCUGCUUCAGAUACUACCACCAAGGGCGAAAAGAAGGAGGUUCCUGUCGGCGAUAAGGAGGCUGAGGCCCCUCUUGCUCCUUGA